AGUUAAAGUAACAAUACUAUCGCACGGCGAAACACAAUUCUGACGGUCUAAUUGUUUGAUGAACUUCAUAAAAUAUUGAAUCAAAGUCCAAGCAUAAAAGAGAAAUCAUUGUUUCUUCAAAGCUUAAAAUGCCAUCAAACUAAAAUCAUUACAAAGCGAUUUUAAUAAACUCUCUUACGAAUAAAAUGAUUCACUCAGGUAUGGACAACAUGACGUCCAUGAACGGAUCUAUGGACAUGAUGAUGCAGAUGACGUUCUAUGCCAGCAGUGACGUCACAAUUCUGUGGGACAAAUGGGAAACCAAAGAGACAUGGCAACUAGCCCUCUCCUGCAUCUGUUGGUUUCUGCUGGCUGUGAUUUAUGAGGGAGUGAAAGCACUUCGUAACUUCGUCUGCCAGAUGAACUCUAUGAAUUCAUCAACAAGUGUGAACAGCUCUAGACCCCUCAUGGAAAUGAGUGCCGACUGCAAGAAGUCACUUGUGAACCCAAACAAAUCUGCACCUCCCAAAAUAUUCUCCUCUGAGCACUUGAUGCAGACUGUGCUGCACCUGAUCCAGAUGAGUCUGGGAUACCUGCUUAUGCUGGUGGUGAUGACCUUUAACGUCUGGCUCUUCGUUGCCGUCAUCUUCGGAUACACAGUCGGCUUCUUCCUCUUCGGCUGGUGGUGUGCCUCGGAUCCGACUAAACACGAACACUGCGGAUGAUAGUCACGAGCAGAAUAAACUCAUAUAUAUUAAAGACAGAAAAAGCAUGUAUGAUUUAAAGAAUGAUUAAUGAAAGAUUUGAUUGAGAUAGUUAGACAAUUUAUACUCAAA